AUCGUGAUAAGAAUUUGACAGGUGAAAGAAAAAAAAAACAUGCAAAACAUGAAAACCAAAUCCAUAUGAUUAUGGUUUUCUGUUUCUAAUUGGAUUUGCUAAUUACAAAGUAAUAAUAAAAACAAUAACAAUCAGUUGCAAUUCCUACGAAUUGCCACUAAUUGUUCCUCAUCAGAAACACACAAAAUUCCGUCAUACAAUUUCGAUGUAAUAAUAAAAGUUAAAAAUCCUACUCAAAACAAAUUCGAUAUAUAUAAAAUUAGUUAAAAAAUGCUGCCCACAACAAUCUUCCGGCAAAUGCAUCGGCCGGGCAUGUGGAAACAUCUGCCCGACCUAUUGCGUACCUCUCGCGAAGGAACAACCUGCCUUAAUCGUUAUGCUGCUGCAACUGGCUUCAUAAAGACCUCAUUCCUCGACCAUCAGCGUUGGGAUGUUGCGUCAUUGCGAUUGUAUGCAGAUUCAAAAAAACACUCAUUUCACCUGAAAACAAUCAAAAGUCGAGAUCUUAUUCAAAAUGCCAUCGAAAAGAAACGUGAUAUCUUUAUUGAACGGAAGAAUGUCCUCGUCAAGGACAUUCGUGAAACCAAAACAAAGAUGCAAGAAAAAGUUCGUGAAAAAAUGGAAGAAGUCAUCGAACGCGAGAACAUUAUGACCAUUCCUAAUUUUUUGACUGUAGGACGAGCUAUUUUAUCUCCGUACAUUGGAUAUGUGAUUAUCGAUGGAGAUUUUAAUUUAGCAAUUGGUUUGCUGGUUGUAGCUGGUAUAACUGAUUUGUUGGAUGGACAAAUAGCAAGACAUUGGCCAACUCAAGCCAGCAAAUUUGGUUCGUUCCUAGAUCCUAUGGCUGAUAAAUUUUUAAUAGGAACUUUGGUUAUUUCAAUGGGCUAUUGUGAUCUUUUGCCUUUGUGGUUAGCUGGAACAAUAUUGUUUCGUGAUGUAUUCCUAUUGGGUGCUGGCUUUGUUAUUCGUUAUGUUAGUCUUCCACCUCCGAAAACCAUUUCACGUUACUUUGACGCUACUCAUGUAACAGCCCAAUUAGAACCUACAUUUAUCAGUAAAGUUAAUACAUUUGUCCAACUCAGUGCCAUUGGAUUAAGUUUGGGAGCUCCCGUAUGGAACUAUCUUGAUCACUCACUCCUCCAUGGCUUAUGGUACUUGACAGGUGCAACAACUGUAGCUGCUGCCCUCAGUUACGUUCUUAAUAAAAACACAUAUAAGAUUUUAAGAAAAACACCGUAAAGCAAAUUCUACGAGUUCUUUUGAAUCAACUACUAUUUCAAUGAAAAGAUGUGCUGAAGAUACAACAAUAAUGCUCAAAGCUUCAUAUCAAAAAAUAUAUUCGUAGUGAACAAAAUUCCUCUAAAAAUUAGGUUGUUACUAAUUAAUUGGAUAAUUUGUUAGAAUGUGUACUCCAUUGGAAUAGUAUUUUUAAAAAGACUUGCUAGAAUCUUAACUGCUUUGAACCACGUAAUUUCAAUAACUUAACAAAUCGAAUGAUUGGCAGCAUAAUGUUGUUUCCUUUGAUUAUUAUUAUUAUUUUUUUUUUCUUUUCUGUUAAAUAAAUUUCAUUUGAAAAACUGUAAAAGAUAACUUUUCAUAAUAGACUGAACAUAAAAAACAAAA